UUGCUUUAUUUGCCCCAGUCCCCGCCUGCCAGGCCAGCGUAGUGCUAGAGGCGAGCAGCCACUAGCAGCGAGCAUGAGUUCUGGGGGAAUCCUGUCUUUGGCCACUGUCCUACAGUCACGGGCAGGCACAGACCCCUUUGUGAGCAGCAGACCAGCCUGGAGGCUGGGAGCCGGACCCCCACGUCUGCAUGCUGAGGAAGAUGGGUGAGGCCGUGGCCAGAGUUGCAAGGAGAGUCAACGAGACAGUGGAAAGCGGCUCCGAUACCUUGGACCUGGCCGACUGCAAGCUUGUUUCUUUCCCCAUCUGCAUCUACAAGGUCCUGAGGAACGUCUCCGACCAGAUCCUCCUCAUCACACUGGCUAACAAUGAACUCAAGUCCCUCACCAGCAAGUUCAUGACCACCUUCAGUCAGCUUCGAGAGCUCCACCUGGAAGGCAACUACCUCCAUCGCCUCCCCAAUGAAGUCAGCAGCCUGCAGCACCUCAAGGCCAUCGACCUGUCCCGGAACCAGUUUCGAGACUUCCCAGAGCAGCUAACCACCUUGCCUGAACUGGAGACCAUCAACCUGGAGGAGAAUGAGAUAGUGGAUGUGCCUGUGGAGAAGCUGGCCACCAUGCCAGCUCUGCGUGUCAUCAACCUACGUCUCAACCCACUGAGCGCCGAGGUGCGCGUCAUCGCCCCGCCACUCAUCAAGUUUGAUAUGCUCAUGUCUCCAGAGGAUGCACAGGCCCCUCCGCCUUAGGACGCACUCCCUAUGCUCACCCGGGCAAGGGACAAAGGCUACCGGCCUGCCAACCUGAGAGGAGGGAAGCCUGUGGAAGGCCAAACUUGGGGAGCGGGGUGGGAGGGCCACACAGCGUAAAGUGGGAGGGAUGAAGCUAAGCCAAGCACUAGAGUGAGCCCUGGUGCUCCAGAGGGAGAAGUUAGGUGAGGCUUGAGCCUGGGCUCAGGGCACUCACCCACUGCUGUGCUAAUGUAGGUAGGUUUCUUUCUCUCUCCAAGUUUUGUAGCUUGGGAGGAGGAAUGGUAGUGGAGAGGCUUUUCUGCUUGGGACCGCACUGUGGUUCUGCCUCCACAUCGUCAGACACCUUCUAAGCUCAUGGAUGAGCCUUUCAUGGGCAUUUUAUGGACCUUACCAUCUGAAGCCUUGUUUCUGGUGUGAGAGCCAGACACCAUCCUGAGAAGAGAUGACCUCUGACUAUUUGUCACCUUCUGAGGGCUGAACGUAGUCCUUCUUCGAAAGACACCCUUCAUGAUACCAUGUCCUGGCCAUCAGAGUGCUUGGAAUGGUCAGAGCCUGAACUAGAUGCCUAGGUCCUGUGGUUGGGUCCUGUAAGCAGAGGUGUUUAUGAAGGCUGGGGUACGGAUGGGCAGUUCCAGGCAGCUCAUCCUCCCUUGUACAGUACAGACAAGGGGAAGAAGUUCUAUGCAUUCUGCUCUGUCCCUCCCUGAUGAUGGCCCAGUGUGGCCAGGCGUCAUCUCCAGGGCCACAGGAGAGGUGGCCCAGAGAAGACAAAGCCAUCUGCACCUGGGACUUUGACCCAAGGUCCUUCUUUGAUCCCCUUCAUCGUGGCCUCCCUCUGGUUGCAACCUGGUUGCCUUGUCCUGACCCAGGACCACCACUCUCAAGGCUAUCACGAUAAUCACCAAUCACCUGCCAUCUCUAGGACCUUUGCCUGUGGCCUAGGGGGUAGCCAGAGAGUAGGGUAUCCAGCUGUCCCAGUGUACGCAGAACUAUGUAAUUUCCCGGGAGUUGGCUGGGCACUCACCUCUGGUAAGGCCUAUACUUGUGGACAUCCCUGGUCCCCUCAAUCUCCAAGUGUCUACCUCCUUACCUGAGCAAGCAGGCCUAUCAGCUUCCCUGGCCCUGGCUGGUGUACACCAUUGUGUAAGUCUGUGAAAGCAAUGGAGGCCCCAGGACACAGGCAGGGCUUUGGCACUUGGUCUCCCAAGGUUCUACAGUUUAGAACUAACACUACUGCUCCAAGCAGAAACCUGUCAUAGAGUUGUCUGGGUUCUUGUCCUCUCACAGUACUCCUGGCUCUUGAUAAGGACUCAAUAAGGGCAUUGCUGGUAUCACUAAGGGUUAUGUGUCCUAAGAGAAACUUCCCCUAUUCUGCUCUCAACCCAAGGCCACUCAGCCAGAUGAGGAAGACAUAGGGGCCAAACAAGGUCUGGGUACAUCCCAAGACUGGUCUGGCUCCUCCCAUCCUGUGUCCCUAAGUUGGGGGUUUCACCUUGUUAAAGAAGAGGGGGUCUUUUCUGGGAUGUAAGAGGGAUCCUAUGGUUGGAGCCUAGCAUUUCCAAGUAUGGGCAGGUUAACAUAAAUACGCUGAAAAUGCA